AUAUUUGAAAAUAAAUAAAUGAGGCAGUUGCCGUCGUCUCUGCCGAGUUUCUGUCGCCCUGCCAGCGCCGCCCGGAUGGCUUCCCAGAACCACGACCCAGCCGCAGCCAGCGUUGUCGCCGCCCAGAAAGGGACUGAGCCCAGCGGAGGCGCCGCCCGGGGCUCCGUGGGCAAGAGGCUACAGCAGGAGUUGAUGACCCUCAUGAUGUCUGGUGACAAAGGAAUUUCUGCCUUCCCUGAAUCAGACAACCUUUUCAAGUGGGUGGGGACCAUCCAUGGAGCAGCUGGCACAGUAUAUGAAGACCUGAGGUGUAAGCUCUCUCUCGAGUUCCCCAGUGGCUACACUUACAAUGCGCCCACGGUGAAGUUCCUCACGCCCUGCUACCACCCCAGCGUGGACACUCAGGGUAACAUCUGCCUAGACAUCCUGAAGGACAAGUGGUCUGCCCUGUACGAUGUCAGGACCAUCCUCCUCUCUAUCCAGAGCCUGCUGGGAGAACCCAACAUCGAUAGCCCCUUAAACACACAUGCUGCCGAGCUCUGGAAAAACCCCACAGCCUUUAAGAAGUACCUGCAGGAAACCUACUCAAAGCAAGUCUCCAGCCAAGAGCCCUGACUCAGUCUGUCUAGCCUCUCUCCUUGUGUUAUCUUUAUUUAUUUUUUUC